GAAGAAGAUAUUUUCUUGUGUCGUCGAUGUAGUUAUCGCGUAAAAAGGUGAUUAAUUUUUUAAAAUCUAGAAGAGCACAACGAAACCUUUUAAUUCUCCUGAAAUAUUCAAGAUAAUAUUUAUGAAAGAACUGAAGUGUAGGAAUUAUAGUGGAGCGGUAUUUUAAAGUGUAGUUUAGAAAAUUCUACAAAGUUUUGGGUGAAUUUCGUUGAAAUUAAAGUGGCAGGAGGAACACUAAACAAAGGAAAAUUUAUGAUUAGUAGAAGCGACAACCUCGAAAUCAGUAGAAAGUCACCGCCCCGUCACUUUUUCUAAUUUAAUAUAUUCUUUUUUCUUUCACUGCGUUUACGGCCGUCUUUGUCGUCACUGUCACCCAUCCGUUGGACCACCGUUGUACCACAUUGAGUUCGCUGCUGUCAUAUGUGUUUGUGUAUUUCGUCGUAUUUUGGUGAAUAAUCGUUGAUUUUUUACUACUAUAAAAAGUAGCUUUGAGAAAGAGUAGUGAAACAUACACAAACAGCAUACAGAAGAAGAGACUUAAAAAACCACGAUAAAGAAAUUGCAAGAAUACCGAAGAGUAUUGAGAAAAAAGAAGUGGAUCAACAAAAAGGAUAGACGCAGUCACCCAAUUACACAGCAAAUUACCUCCAAUUAUAGUUGAAAAACAAUUCACAACCGAACAUGGGUACAAGGGAGGACGAAUACGAUUAUUUAUUCAAAGUUGUGCUGAUUGGUGAUUCCGGUGUCGGCAAAAGUAAUCUACUUUCCCGCUUCACGCGCAAUGAAUUCAACUUGGAGUCGAAGUCGACAAUUGGAGUUGAAUUUGCAACACGCAGCAUAGAGGUGGAUGGCAAAACGAUUAAAGCGCAGAUAUGGGAUACAGCCGGUCAAGAGCGAUAUCGAGCCAUUACGUCUGCAUACUAUCGCGGAGCUGUUGGGGCACUGCUCGUCUAUGACAUUGCCAAACAUUUGACGUACGAGAAUGUGGAGCGGUGGUUGCGAGAGUUGCGUGAUCAUGCCGAUCAGAAUAUUGUUAUUAUGCUUGUUGGCAACAAGUCCGAUUUGCGGCAUUUGCGUUCUGUGCCCACGGAUGAAGCGAAACUCUUUGCAGAACGCAAUGGGCUAAGUUUCAUUGAAACGUCUGCACUGGAUUCGACGAACGUCGAGACUGCAUUCCAAAAUAUACUCACAGAAAUUUAUCGAAUCGUAUCACAGAAGCAAAUCAGAGACCCACCCGAAGGUGAUGUUAUUCGUCCAAAUGUGGAGCCCAUCGAUGUAAAGCCGACUGUUACGGCUGAUGUUCGUAAGCAGUGCUGUCAGUGACCGCCUUAUGCACGUCCUGCAUUACUUUUAAACGUCAUCUAUGCAUAAAUAACAACAACCAACAAUACUUCAAUAAACUACGAUCACGAUUCCCCAAACAAAUCAAAAUCAAUUCCAAACUACAAAACCAUGGCAACAAAAAAAGCAGAAACAAUUAAAUAGAUAAAAAGCAGCUUAAACGAUUAUUAAUAUUAUAGUAAAUGGCAAGAAAACAAUUGAAACAGAAAAAAUAUAUAACUGCAUUGAACAUUUUUUAGAAGGAAGAUUAAUAACAUACAUAUGUAAUUAUGAUUUCAAAACUCUCAAAUGAAAUGAAAACUGAUAUCUUCUCAACGCUAUCUACAAGAAUAAUUUUCCCCGUUUUCGUAUUUCCUUAAUAAGGCGUAGUCCCCCUAAAAAAUCCCACAAAAUAUACCUUAAAACCGCUGCCAAAAAGAAACAUAAAUGAGUAUUGUAUUGGUGAGAGCUUUAUUUGUACACUUUGCCUGUUUCCAAUCGCCCAGCCAUUAUCAUGACCACCGCCUCUCCAAUGGUUUCUUGUGCUCGUAUAGUCGUUAAGUUCAAACUAGAGCGUUUUUAAAUAUUUCUUCUCAAUUGAGCUUUAUGAAUCUGUUCGAUAAAUUGAAAUACACUUUUUUUUAUAAACAUUUUUUACAUUUGACUUAAAGGAAAAGCGACCAAGAUUAGAUGCUGAGGAAAUUAAGAAAACUAUUCCAUCUUGUUUUAUUAAAAAAAAAAAAGUAAAUGCUUUAGUGAAAACAAAUUAAAAGCAACAAAACAAACGCAAAAGCAAAAAAAAAACUAAGUUAAUUUAAAUAUUAAUUAUAAGUAAGGGCAACUUACGCAAGAGAAAAACGCGAACAAUUGAAUAUUCUGCUUUUUUAAUUAUAAAACAACAAUCAAAUUUAAAAUAAAUGAUGUUUUAUAUAAAAUUAUAAAUUAUGAAGUAAUCAAAAAUCGUUCGAAGACCAAUACACGCCAUGAGCAAUGCAUAAGGAUGGGCUUGAAGAGUAAGUAGAGGACUGGCAGUUGUAGUUCCGUAUAUAUGGAAUGAAAAACUAUUUAAAGAACCGGCACUCAGCGUAUGACUAGAGAAUUCAUCAUUUAUUGAUCUGGUGUGCAAAGCAAUAGGAAGUUUGUAGCGAAGCUAAUGGGAAAAAAAUGAAAAUGCGUAGCAAAUCGUAAAACGUAUAUGAAUUAAGCAAAGGAAAGCGAGAAGACAUCUAACAACAGCCAGUUGUAAAUUAUUGAUGAUUAUAAUAUUAAUGAGAAGAAAUAUAAUUAAUCGAUUGAUUGAUUAAUGCAAUUACAUUGUGUUUUGCUAUAUUUACCUAUGUUAAGUGUAUCUCAAUAAAUAUAAUACAAAACAAAUAAAAACAAGAAAAAUGUA